AUGGGUAGCAAACCGAUCGAGACCUGCAUGUUCUUCGUGGAUGACUCCAACAUAUGGAUCGAGGCCCAAAAGUUCGCAGCCUCGGGCAAUAGCCACAUGCCCAAACUGACAGACAGCGACCGCGACCCGCGUCUCAGAAUUGACAUCGGGAAAUUGAUCGAUACGCUCCGCAACGACCGCAGCCAAGGUCCUUCGUUUCUUUAUGGCUCCCGCCCACCGCCUAACGAUUCAGUGUGGAAAGCGUUUGAGAAGUUCAAGUUCCAGACCAAGAUCUACGAUCGCGCCCAUGGUAAAGAGAAGGAGGUGGAUAAUUCCAUGGCAACGGACCUGAGCUCUAAAGCCACCGAACUCAGCAUCAGGGCCGAGUAUGACUUGAGGUACAAAGAGCAAAAAGCCAAUACGACGUUUGUCGCCAUCACUGGAGACCGCGACCUGCUCCCGCCAAUCAAGAAAGUGCUGGAAUCUGACAUCCGAGUGGAGCUCUGGGCCUGGUAG